AUGGAGGAUGGCUCGGAAAUUUCAAGACUCGCCCCGGAAUUAUCUGAUCUUGAAGUAGCUCUUUUUCUUUGUCUUGCGGCACACCAACACUGUCGCAUUGACACCACCGACGCUAUUAUCCAUGACGUCGCAAAGGAGCUCGCCCUGAUAUGCACGAAUACAUUUGGGCUUUAUUAUAGCAUUCUUGAUUGCUCUAGUGCUACAUCUUUAGAAGACUUUCGUGCUGAGUUACUUCCUCCCGGGCUUUAUAGGAGCAGUUAUGCUCGGCCUUCGCGCUCCCGAAUGACCACUGAGUCUGCGGGCACGAUAUCCUCAUAUCAUGACUUGCGGGAUCACAAAGGCCGCCUCAAGUCAGCCCCUAUCGAGCACAAGCAGGAAGUCGUCAAUGUUGUGAUAGCCAAGCACUUCAACCAUGUGGACGACAAUAUCCAGCGCGAAGCUCUCGAGUUAAUGCACUCGAAACAACUCACCACACCGGCAGGAAUCUUAAAAGUCCCAACCUAUUUUCUGUUCCUACCUCUUAUAGUGCGCGAUGAAACCCCACCAUUAAACUCUCAUCUAAACGACUACCUGUUCAUCUCUCAUUUUCACGACACAGAAGAUGGCUACGUCUACCUCGAAGAAAGCAACGACUGGCUCUCCGAUGGCCAGCUGUCCGCAUCAUCCGUUAUCCACAAGCCAGAAGCUCAAACGAAAAAAGGCCAUCCUCAUCUCCUUGAACAACUACAACAACUAAGCACCACCGUCAGCAUGGGCGCCGAAAUAGCCCGGUACCAACAAGAUAUAGUUGUGUUCCUUCGGCUCAGUCGCGCAGUAGCUGGGGGGAUAUCAACGCGGUCAAACCUCUAUUUCAAGUCAUUCUCAAAACUCCUCGCCGUGUUACACGGCAUCGACUUCCUCACGCCCUCAAUCGUAGCACUAGCAGCCAGGAAGGUCUUUCGACAUCGGAUCAUUAUGGCCAAACCCGAAGAGGAUAGAAGCCUACAAUACGGGAGUGACUUGCACGCUGUGUCGCAGGUGCUUGAGUACGCGAAUCCGGAUUCAAUAUUGGACGGGGUGCUUACACUAGAAGCACCAUUGUGA